CUUCCUGAUCCCACAGCAUCGCAGAGCUCGGGAGGCACAGCUCACAGACACAGGAAACACAGGACUGCUAUUCUGCUCUCCUGCCCACGGUGAUCUGGUGCCAGCUGGUGGAACAGUGGGUGAUGGCGUCCCUGCUGCAAGACCAGCUGACCACUGAUCAGGACUUGCUGCUGAUGCAGGAAGGCAUGCCGAUGCACAAGGUGAGGUCCAAAAGCUGGAAGAAGCUAAGAUACUUCAGACUUCAGAAUGACGGCAUGACAGUCUGGCAUGCACGGCAGGCCAGGGGCAGUGCCAAGCCCAGCUUCUCAAUCUCUGAUGUGGAGACAAUACGUAAUGGCCAUGAUUCCGAGUUGCUGCGUAGCCUGGCAGAGGAGCUCCCCCUGGAGCAGGGCUUCACCGUUGUCUUCCAUGGCCGCCGCUCCAACCUGGACCUGGUGGCCAACAGUGUUGAGGAGGCCCUGAUAUGGAUGCGAGGGCUCCAGCUGUUGGUGGAUCUUGUCACCAGCAUGGACCAUCAGGAGCGCCUGGACCAAUGGCUGAGCGAUUGGUUUCAACGUGGAGACAAAAAUCAGGAUGGUAAGAUGAGUUUCCAAGAAGUUCAGCGGUUAUUGCACCUAAUGAAUGUGGAAAUGGACCAAGAAUAUGCCUUCAGUCUUUUUCAGGCAGCAGACACGUCCCAGUCUGGAACCCUGGAAGGAGAAGAAUUCGUACAGUUCUAUAAGGCAUUGACUAAACGUGCUGAGGUGCAGGAACUGUUUGAAAGUUUUUCAGCUGAUGGGCAGAAGCUGACUCUGCUGGAAUUUUUGGAUUUCCUCCGAGAGAAGCAGAAGGAGAGAGACUGCACCUCUGAGCUUGCUCUGGAACUCAUUGACCGCUAUGAACCUUCAGACAGUGGCAAACUGCGGCAUGUGCUGAGCAUGGAUGGCUUCCUCAGCUACCUCUGCUCUAAGGAUGGAGACAUCUUCAACCCAGCCUGCCUCCCCAUCUAUCAGGAUAUGACUCAACCCCUGAACCACUACUUCAUCUGCUCUUCUCAUAACACCUACCUAGUGGGGGACCAGCUUUGUGGCCAGAGCAGCGUCGAGGGAUAUAUACGGGCCCUGAAGCGGGGGUGCCGCUGCGUGGAGGUGGAUGUAUGGGAUGGACCUAGUGGGGAACCUGUCGUUUACCACGGACACACCCUGACCUCCCGCAUCCUGUUCAAAGAUGUCGUGGCCACAGUAGCACAGUAUGCCUUCCAGACGUCAGACUACCCAGUCAUCUUGUCCCUGGAGACCCACUGCAGCUGGGAGCAGCAGCAGACCAUGGCCCGUCAUCUGACUGAGAUCCUGGGGGAGCAGCUGCUGAGCACCACCUUGGAUGGGGUGCUGCCCACUCAGCUGCCCUCACCUGAGGAGCUUCGGAGGAAGAUCCUGGUGAAGGGGAAGAAGUUAACACUUGAGGAAGACCUGGAAUAUGAGGAAGAGGAAGCAGAGCCUGAGUUGGAGGAGUCAGAAUUGGCGCUGGAGUCCCAGUUUGAGACUGAGCCUGAGCCCCAGGAGCAGAACCUUCAGAAUAAGGACAAAAAGAAGGUUGUGACGUGCCCGCUGUUUUGUCCGUCUAUCUGUUGUCAGAUUGUGGCCCAGGCUCCUAUUUCCAAGCCUGAGUCCCUUCUCUUGUCCCGGCAGGUGAGGCAGGAGGGAGAAUACAGUGGGGAGGCAGUGGGCAGAGGUUUAGGUUGGAUGGCCAUUAUCUUCUUCUCUCUCAGACUGCUGAGGGUUCAAUUCCAUCUUCUUUUCCACCUUCUCCAGAAAUCCAAGCCCAUCUUGUGUCCAGCCCUCUCUUCCCUGGUUAUCUACUUGAAGUCUGUCUCAUUCCGCAGCUUCACACAUUCAAAGGAGCACUACCACUUCUACGAGAUAUCAUCUUUCUCUGAAACCAAGGCCAAGCGCCUCAUCAAGGAGGCUGGCAAUGAGUUUGUGCAGCACAAUACUUGGCAGUUAAGCCGUGUGUAUCCCAGCGGCCUGAGGACAGACUCUUCCAACUACAACCCCCAGGAACUCUGGAAUGCAGGCUGCCAGAUGGUGGCCAUGAAUAUGCAGACUGCAGGGCUUGAAAUGGACAUCUGUGAUGGGCAUUUCCGCCAGAAUGGCGGCUGUGGCUAUGUGCUGAAGCCAGACUUCCUGCGUGAUAUCCAGAGUUCUUUCCACCCUGAGAAGCCCAUCAGCCCUUUCAAAGCCCAGACUCUCUUAAUCCAGGUGAUCAGCGGUCAGCAACUCCCCAAAGUGGACAAGACCAAAGAGGGGUCCAUUGUGGAUCCACUGGUGAAAGUGCAGAUCUUUGGUGUCCGUCUAGACACAGCACGGCAGGAGACCAACUAUGUGGAGAACAAUGGUUUUAAUCCAUACUGGGGGCAGACACUAUGUUUCCGGGUGCUGGUGCCUGAACUUGCCAUGCUGCGUUUUGUGGUAAUGGAUUAUGACUGGAAAUCCCGAAAUGACUUUAUUGGUCAGUACACCCUGCCUUGGACCUGCAUGCAACAAGGUUACCGCCACAUUCACCUGCUGUCCAAAGAUGGCAUCAGCCUCCGCCCAGCUUCCAUCUUUGUGUAUAUCUGCAUCCAGGAAGGCCUGGAGGGGGAUGAGUCCUGAGGCAGGUUGCAACUAGAAAUUCAGAGGGGCUUGGAACAGAGAAACCUAAAGAAGCAUCAUCCCCUCCAUCCCCAACUUCCUCAAAGCCCAAAGCCAAGGGAAGGAUAAAUCAAGGCUCAAGCCUUCCCCAGCAAAGAUUAGGGAAAGAGACUUGACCCCAGGACUGUACUACGACUCUUAAGAGAACACUGCACAGCACUCAAAGUCCCCCACUGGACUGCUUCCUCCUUAGCCCCACUGGUAUAAAUAUAUCUAUCUGUCUCCAA